AUGAGCAAACUAGGCACAGGCGAAGACUGGACAUUCACCUCGCCGAUACGCCGGGCCCUCCAUCGAGAGUUCCAGACCCUGGAGCCUGUGAUUGGACAGGAGCCCCUCACGACCAGUGUGGCAUCAAGUCAGUCUGGUUCUCCCCCCUCCGAGAAGAAGGCACUUCUUGCAUACUCCCAAUGCUUGGAAAGCCGCCUGCGAGCCAUGACCGGCGAGAACCGAGGCUUAAGGCUGCAGUUGCAAGACGAGGAGGCCCGCUUCGCUCAGCUGCACUCGAGCAUCAAAAAGGAUACAGAGUUCGAGCUACGCCUGAGGGCGAAAACAAAGCAGCUCAACACGCGGAUGAAGGCCAGAGACAGAGUUGGAGUCUUGUUUGAUGCUUGGUCACGAGUCACCUCGAGAGCUUGGCGAGACAGGUGCAUCACUGCCGAGCAUGAAUUGGCUGCCCUGCGGUCUGGAGGCUUGGAUCUACGAGAUCGCCAGCGAGCGGAGGAGGCCGAACGCGCGGUCCUGGAAAUGAAGGCAGCUCUCCGGCGUCAGCAUCAGGUCUUCACGCAGGAGAGGUCUGAGGCGCAGGGUGUCCAGCGCCAAUCUGCAGCUUUGCAGGCCAGCUCCGAGCAG